UAAUAUAUCUACUUCAAUCUUUAGGUAACGCAACCAUGUUCAAGAACACAUUCCAGUCAGGAUUCCUGUCCAUUCUCUACAGUAUAGGUAGCAAGCCUCUUCAAAUUUGGGACAAGAAAGUACGUAAUGGUCACAUCAAGAGGAUAACAGAUAAUGACAUCCAGUCUCUAGUUUUAGAAAUUGUUGGUACAAAUGUGAGUACAACCUACAUCACUUGUCCUGCUGACCCAAAGAACACCCUUGGAAUCAAACUCCCCUUCCUGGUAAUGAUCAUCAAAAACAUGAAGAAAUACUUCACCUUCGAGGUCCAAGUUUUGGAUGACAAGAACGUCAGAAGAAGGUUCCGAGCUUCAAACUACCAGUCGACUACCAGAGUGAAGCCCUUCAUUUGUACCAUGCCCAUGAGACUCGACGAUGGAUGGAACCAGAUCCAGUUCAACUUGUCUGACUUCACACGACGAGCAUACGGUACCAACUACAUCGAGACCCUGCGAGUGCAAAUCCACGCCAACUGCAGAAUCAGGAGAGUGUACUUCUCUGACCGUCUCUACUCCGAGGAUGAGCUGCCAGCUGAGUUCAAACUAUAUCUUCCAGUCCAGAACAAGAUGAAAGCUAAUGCUGCCCAAUAGAAUACUCCCACAGCACUAUCCGGACUUUCAUUUAACUCAAACUUGAUGUUUCCAUUUCCAAUGCUGCACUUCGUGAAUGAAUAGCUUGAGCGAUUGCUGGGUAUGGCUCAAGAUAAGACAGAUGGAUUUUGCCUCAGACUGUUUUUCCAACGCGAAGUGUGUACGUUAUCUGAAAAGACUUUAGAUUUCCCCAAUUGGUUUGCUAUUAUGAAGUUUUUUUAUGAACUACUGUAUUAUGUCACGCCAGUUUCACAGUUUUUGGUAUGAAAACCCACUUACCAUAUUAUAAUAUAUCCAAUUGUCCGUUUUCGAGGUAAAUAUUUUCCUGAUACUUUACUUAUGAAUAAUGAAAAGAUCUGCAUGAAUUGAGUAAAUGCAUUUCGUUGCUGCUGUGCUGUGCGAUGAUGUUAUACAAUUUUAGUGUUGAUUUUACUUGUACAUACUGAAAAAUAGUUAAA